UGCAUGAAAGCUUAAUCGUAAAAUGGUACAGUAUUGAGAAAGAUUUUGUAAGAAGGAACAAAAUGAAAGUGACUCGUUAAUAUUCUUUUCAAAUAUUUUUGACAUCCCUGACUUUCAGCUGCAUGAUGCUAUUGUUUACCAAAGAUGAUGUUGUUAGUGUACAUAAAGGACUAAGGUAGAGCAGGUAUUAUCAGAAAAGUUACACAAGCCAUCUUAUUCUGGACCACUUCUCUCUGAGAAAAUCUAUGAAAAACAUGGAUCCUCAUGAUAUACAAAACUGGAUUGAAAGAGUGGAACGAGCAUCUGAAUGUGCUGUUGCAGAAGUAUUUCCCUCCAAAAAGUCAAAAAUAAAUCCAAAAGCUAAUGGAUAUGUUAUGGCCAUCGAGACAAUUGAUCAACUUCAUGACCAUGAUGAUGCCUAUACUGAAGCUCAAGAUUUACUUCGUGAAUGGCUGAAUUCCAAGAUAAGGCCAGAAUUAGAAUAUGAAGAAACUGAAGAAAUAGAAAGCUAUGUCAAUAAUUCAGAAAAGCUCGGUCACACACCAGAGAUGAUUUCCAGAAUGCCUGAGAAUUUUGAAGAAUUGUAUAGUUAUUUGGAACAGGAAAAAGAGGAUACUACAGCACAGACCUUCUUACAGCAGCUCCUAGAGACAAAAGUAGUUGAGUCUGGCAUCCUUAAGGAUCUUGGAGAAGAUGAGGAAAGGCAUCAGACAAAAUGCAAAGACCCACGGUUGAAGAUGGAGGCAAGGCACCAACAGGUGAAGGAGAGUCGCCUGAAAAGACAGGCUAAGUUGGAACAACAGAAGCAGGAAAAAGCCAUGAAGAAAUUUGCUCAGUCUAAAGCUCAGCAGCUGCUUCAGGAGGAAGACAGGAGAAAAGCUUUACAAGCCAAGAAAGAGGAAGAACAUAUUAGAAAAGAAAUGGUGCAGUUACGGAAAGAAAUGAUGGAAAGGAGAUGUAUAAUAGGAGAGGCAAAACGACUUGAACAAGUGCAUCUGGAAAAACAAAAGAAAAAACUCUUAGUUCAUGAAAAGGUCAAGCAAGCACUAAUGGAGUUACAGGAGCAGCAGGACCAGGAACGUCUCAAGAUCAAGCAUCUUCAGGUGAUGCAGCAAGUUGAAGCCAGGAUUAAAGCUUACCAGCUCCAGUGUUUGCAGAAGCAUUUUUCAGUUUGGUAUAAACUGGUGCUGGAACGAAGGAUUAAAAUGGGUAAAGCCAGGGCCUUGUUUGAUUGGAAGAGUCAGCUCCGAGCUUUCCAGGCAUGGAGAACAUUAGUGUGGGGAAAGAAACUGGAACAAGAGGUGCAGCGUACUGAAAUGGAGCUACGAGAGGAAAAAAGGAAAAACCAACUUGCAACAGACUGCAAUCGGAAACACAGACUCCGUUACUGCUUCACAAAUUGGCAAAUAUGGUGUAAAACUGAGAAAGGAAAGAGAGAGCUGGAGGAAAGAAAAGAGGAGACAAAGCAAAAGAUGGCUGCCCUGCUGGAUUCAGCAUAUUCUGGGAAAUUGUCAGCAAAUUCCAACAGAGCUUCAAAACAUAUAUGCGAAACACAGCAGAUUGUAUGCGUUGAAGAAGAGUCACAGGAUGACGUGAAGAAAAUGAGUUCCUCCUCAGUCAAUUCCCGGAUAAAACAAGCAAACAAAACACAGCAGAUCAGAGCAAAAAGCCCAAAAUUUGCUUGGCAAGUUACUCGCAAGCAUGCUGCAUUGAGUUUGGAGGACACAGUACAUACAAAUGACACAAGUAAAAUCUCAAAUGGCUCCCAGGGAAGUCAAAAAUCUGAUUCUGUCACUACGGGAAAGGUGAUUCAGUAUUUGCAGGGCAACUUCGAACAUCGACACAGAUUCCAACAGCAACUCAUUGAGAAACAAAAAAAGCAACUGGAGGAACAACAGAAAACAAUUGCAGAACUUCAGGAUAACCAGCAGUUGGCAAUAUUGCGGGAAGAGGCAAAACUGGCUUCAGCCAUAACAGCUGCAAUUGGUAAUGCAUCUCAAAAGGUGCAAACUGAGUCCAUUCCUCUUGGUAGAAGACAAUCUGGAAAUACCCAGCCUAAAAUGAAAGGUGCUGCUAUUGAUUCAUUCAGUUCAGCAGGUCCUUCGUCACUUGAGGAAUCCAGUUGUCCCAGCACAAGUAUCAAUCAUAGCAAAACCAUUCAUAACUUGAUUUCACCUCACCCGAUUGUCAAAGCAAUGGAAGAACGAGCAAAGCAACGCUUGGCAAGAAGAAAACAACUAGAGGAACUCAAAAGAAAAAAGGAGCAAGAGAGAGUUGCUCGUCUGACAGCUGAGGAGGAAGAGCGACAGAGGCAGCUGGAAGCUGAGAAACAGGCAUCUCUAGAAAAGAAACACGAAGAGAGAAGAUUGCAAAGACAGAGAGAGGUUGAGAAGCAGCGGAGGUGUGAAAAAGAAAAACAACUCCAAUCUGCUGCAGAAAAACACUACCAGGAUUUUCUUCUCCAAAAGAAGGGUUUGGAGCCCUGGAAGAAACUUUUAGAAAUCUCUAAGAAAAAUUUGAAGUUAGCAGAAGAUCAUCACAGCUCUUCACUGUUACACAUAUGUCUACGUACUUGGCAUCAGAGUGUAACAGAAUCACUAGCUGAAAAGAACUUCAAAGCAGAAAAAGUGUACAAUGGCAUUCUUCUUAAGCGAUGUUUCAACAAUUGGCUAAAAUACAAAGAUUACUGCACUGUUGAAGAAGCGAAAGCAUGGCAACACUAUCUGACAGCUCUGACAAGAACCACUUUCAAUACCUGGUUUGGUUAUGUGACUGAAGAAAAGAUUGCAAGUUGGGAGAAGGAGAGAAUUGGAGAACAACAUAACUAUUGGAGGAUAGUCAAGAGAGCUUUCAGAGCAUGGAAGAGUUUGCCAAUGCUUAUCAAAGAGGAGGUGAAAAAGAAAGAACGCAUACAGCACCUGAGGAAGAAAGUUGCUGAAAUUCUCCCUGAUUUUCAGGCAUAGCAAUCAAAUACUAACAGUUAGAAGAUUCUCCCUCAACUCAAAUUUACUCAGAAUUAGCAGAGAACCUACAAGGCUGAGAGAAUACCUUGCAGUCCUCAGGGUAGAAUCCAAAGAUUGUACAGACAAUUAAAGAUUUAAAAGCACAAUUUAAGUGAAAUUUUUGUUAAUGUAUUCUAACAGUGAAGUACAUGAAAGUUCAUUUAGUACCAAAACAUAAUUCACAUUUUGACUGUACAGGUAUGUGAAAUAAACAUCUGCAUUGCAGUUAAAUAGAAAUGAUUUAUUUGGUUUCUAUCUCAUCAUAUCUGCAUUGCUUCACUAUGGUAGUUGUUGAGCACUAACUUCACAAUGUUUUUGCAACAUUUAUUCUUUCCUCCAAUACUUCCCUAAAGCAGAACUCAUGUCAAAGCUGCAUUUCUUAUUUAUAGCCUCAAAUAAAAUGGAAGAAACAUCAAUUGUUUGCUUUUUGAGAUGAAAGCAUUAAGAUCCAUUUAAACUGAUUUAUUUUGCCACAAGUCUUUUCCAUAUUCUUCAAAAAUACCUUACUAAGUAAGUUUCUUUUAAAACAUGAAGCAAAUAACCUGCUCAUCAGG